AAAUUUUGAACUAGUUAACCAGUUCAGCAGGAAAGAUCCCAAAGAUGGUUAUUUCACCAUACGUCUGCACUGAUGUUGAUAUGCUGCGUCUAAUGUCUGGCGUCCUAUGGCGUCCUAUGGCAUUCCAUGUUUUUAAAGGCCAAAACCUAUUUUCAGUAUCGCUCGGGGAACUGCCGAACGGCUGUGAAUGCGGAUGAAAAAUCGGAGAAAAGUGUCGAACACUGUUCCUACGUCAAGUAUCAUUCACGAAAUCUGUUUUGCUACAUUGGUCAACGCGUUUCGGCCGAAGUUGCGCAGUGAACGAACUCUCGGACUACUCGACGACGUGAUCCCGUGCCGGACACGUGGUCGUCGUCUUCGUCGGCAUGGAAUCCAAAAACGUGGCGAUGCUGGAAUCCUCCGGCGAGGACACCAUUCUAGUCGAGACCGUGAAGAAUAUAGUGACGCAACAGGAAUGCAACGAGUUGGAGACCGAGGAUUUCUUUCUGGCUUCUUCGCAGGACCAGGGCGAGCGAUUCUCUGGAGAGAAUGUCGAGGAAACGAAGCAGGAGACGAAAGAGAUCCUCGCGUGGAUACACUUCUGCAGGACGUGCGCCAAUUCCUGCGAUAAUCUGAUACCCAUUUUCAAGGGCGAAGGAACGGAGCACGACUUGCCUAGUAAAAUACUCAAGUACUUGCCGAUACACGUAUCUGAAAGCGAUACUCUGCCAUUGCAAUUGUGUCAUCAUUGCGCAGACACGUUGCUGGCCUGGCACGAUCUAAGCGAGGGAUGUCUAAGUGCGGAGAAGAAGCUGCUGAAAAUGCAAGAAACGUUGCAAAAUAAACAGCAGUAUUACUCUACAUCUUUGGAUAAUUUAAAAGUCACAACAACUCCUACUGUUGUGUCAAGCACAACAAAUUCACAAUCUGAUCAGCAAACCGAUGAGAAAAAUAAAGCGCAUAGUACAGAAGAAAUUAAUAACUCUAAUAGGUCAUGCGGCGUCCGGACACCGUUUAAAGUGUCCUCGGACACGCAGAAUGCAUUUUGGAAGCCAUACAGGAAACGAUGCCAACCGAGAGUGCGGAACCUAAAAAAGCCCGAAAAUGCAGCGAGCGAGGACUGCGAUCCGAUUUGUGUCGCCGUAAUGGACACAGCGCAUCAGCCGUCCGUCAUGUCUGAACAACUGAAAAAUAACGAUCCCUUGAGGUUGACAUCCAAGGUGAAGAAAGAGCACAUCGCCACGGAACGUUCUAUAAAAGACGCUAAUCGCGAGAACAAACCUUACCGAACAAUCGCGUGCGAGAUGGAGAAGCUUCAGCUAGAUCGAAUCUCGGACAACCAAAUGGAUAAGAAUCUGUGCAAGACCAGCAAAGCGUUGCAAAAGGAGGAAUCUUUUUUGUGCGCCGAGUGCGGCAAGUGUUUCAGAUUAAAGGAUUCGUAUUUGCGCCACAUGAGGAUCCACAAGGACGAGCGACCGUUCACUUGUCACGUAUGCGGUAAGCAAUUUCGCGAUUCCGGUGGAUUGACCAGGCACUUGAAAGACGUGCACGCGAAGGUGAAGAACUUUAUGUGCGACCUGUGCGGAAAAAAGUUCGCGUCCAAGGCCACGCAAGAGGAUCAUCGGCGCACUCAUACCGGUGAACGCCCAUUUGUCUGCGACUCCUGCGGCAAAACCUUCAAAUCCAAGGCGUCCCUCUAUAUCCACAGCAAACUUCACACCAACGAGUUCCCGCACGUAUGCUCGUAUUGUACCAAAGGGUUCCGUCGACGGCAGGAGGUGCUGGCUCACAUAACUACUCAUACGGGCGAGAAGAAUCACACGUGCGACAUAUGCACGAAGAAAUUCCGAGUCAAGUCCGAACUGGCGCGACACAAGCUUAUUCACUCCGAGAACAAGCCGUUCGUCUGCAUCAAGUGCGGUCUCGCAUUUCGACAAAAGCGCUAUCUGAACAAUCACAUUAAGAGCCGGCACAAUGAAUCUCUGCGAGCGUCUUAACGAGAAGAUAUGUGCUUAGCGAUAACAACUUGCGCUGGACGCAAUGUCGCUCUCCUCUUCUCUUUAGCUUUCUCUUCAGCAUCAUCCCUGGGAGAAAAACCGAUUCAAACCUGCUGCCUUUGUUGUUUUUCCCGUAUAUGAGCCGGAAAUGGAAAAACAUCUUAUGUGAUUGUCGCUCUUCCUGUAGUAUUGCUCUAGAGACAAAUAAUGUUAUGAUAAAGUACAAAAAUAAUUCGGCGCAAAGUUCGACAUUGAUUGCAGAAAAUGCUAGAGAAAUCUCAGAAAGAAAGACACGCAAUUUGCUGCAAUAUUGUAAGAUACGAUGAAAAAGGAGAUUCAAAUGCCUGAAACUAUUAAUCAAUAAUCUUACAAUCAACGAAUGAAUCUGUAAAAACGGGCUACAUUUAUGAUACCUGUCAAUACAUCUACAAACGAAAGUAUCAUCUAAUACAUCAUCAUAUGAGGUUUCGUAAUGCGUUCGGCCGCUGCAAAGUAACAGGCUGAC